UUCCGGAAUACAAAACAUCAACUUCCGGUCAUGCACAUUGACUGGAGGGAAUUUGUCCCCGGUGAAACAACGGCGGAUUUUCACGAUGAGGAUCGUAACCUGGAACAUAAACGGCAUAAGGACAUUUAGAGGCGGUAUUAAAAAGGCUCUUGAUUCACUCAACGCAGAUAUUAUCUGUGUCCAAGAGACAAAAGUGACAAGAGACUUACUUGAUGAAAGAACCGCCAUUGUCGAAGGCUACAACUCCUAUUUCAGCUUCAGUCGAGGACGCAGCGGCUACUCAGGGGUUGCCACUUACUGUAAAGACAGCGCCACUCCGUUCGCUGCGGAGGAGGGUCUCACAGGUCUGCUGACCAACCAUGAAGGGGCUGUUGGAUGUUACGGUGACCAGGACGAGUUCUGUAGCGAAGAGCUGCAGCUUUUGGACAAUGAAGGACGAGCCAUCAUCACACAGCACAGAAUCAUGUGUCAGGACAAAGAGCGAACCAUCACUGUAAUCAACGUCUACUGUCCGCGGGCUGACCCUGAAAAGCUGGAACGAAAGCAGUUCAAGUUGCAGUUCUACAAGUUGCUUCAGCGUCGGGCUGAAGCUCUACUGAAAGAUGGGAGCCAUGUGAUUGUUUUGGGAGAUGUGAAUACAUCUCACCGGCCAAUAGACCACUGUGACCCCUGUGACAGCGAUGAUUUUGAGGAGAACCCUGGGAGGAAGUGGCUGAAUGGCUUUUUGCACGGGGUCAGACAGGAAGAGGAGAGGAAUGAGGAGAAACACGAUGAAGAAUCUGAGGUAACUUCAGCAGAUCCCAAAAAUGGACAUGGAAAAUUUGUGGAUACCUUUCGGUUUUUCCACCCUACUCGCACCAGCGCCUUCACAUGCUGGUCCACUCUCACUGGAGCGCGGCAGACCAACUACGGCACGCGCAUCGACUACAUAUUUGCGGAUUGCCAGCUCACCAAGGAGCAGUUUGUGGCAGCAGAUAUCAUGCCAGAGGUGGAGGGGUCAGAUCACUGCCCUGUGUGGGGGCAGCUGAGCUGCUCUUUCCUUCCCAGCACCAAACCUCCUCCCCUCUGUACCCGCUACCUGCCAGAGUUUGCAGGCAAGCAGCAGAAACUAUCCCGCUUCUUUGCGAAGGUGGACCAAAAACCAUGUCCGUCUGAGCAGAGGGAGGCUUUACCUGGAUCUCAAGAAGAGGAGGAGAGGAGGGAGAAUUUGAACCCAUCUGGAGCUGUGAGCAUCUCUGGUAAAAAACGGUUAUUGACAUCAGACUCUGUUGUUCCAAAGGGAAAAAAGACAAAGACUGUAAAGACUUCAUCCAAGCCACAGGGCAGCCUCCUUUCUUUUUUUAAACCCAAGUUCACAAAUCUUCCCUCUACUGGAGCCCCUGUCAGGGACUGUGAAAAUACACUCGGCCUGGAAGUUAUACCGUCUCAAAACCCUCAGAAUGCUUCAAUACCUAGAGAGGAUGUCGCCUCAGUUUCACAGCUGGUACCUGAAGAGACUGCACCUGUCUUUGAUCGUCAACCACAGCUUCGCACCAACAGCGCCACAGACGAAAAUGAGAAACGGUUGAAGACGAAAUGUUUAACCCCACAGCCCACUGUGGAACACUCAGCUGCCAAGAAAGGGACAUCUUUAGGGUUUUGGAAAUCAGUGCUUCAUGGACCACCGCCGCCACCCUCCUGUAAGGUCCACGGGGAACCCUGUGUGCUCCGUACUGUAAAAAAGGAGGGGCCAAACAUGGGCAAACAGUUCUUUGUGUGUGCUCGUCCUCAGGGACACGCAUCCAACCCUGACGCUCGGUGUAAUUUCUUUGCGUGGGUGGACAAGGGGAAGUGACAGGUUUUCUGAAUGGACCACCAGUUGUUUAACUCAUCAGUGAAACUGGAAACUCACUCGACUACUGGCAAGAAGUCGCAUCAUUUUACAGGUGUUCAUGUUGUUCAUGUGUUUUUUCUUAAACAAAUAAAGACAGUAGUUUUGUAUUA